AGAGAGAGAGAGAGAGAGAGAGAGAGAUUGGGGGGAAGAGAGAGAGAGAGAGGAAGAAACAGUCUCUGUUUCCGUUCUCUCUCAUCUCUCCGCCAAAAAAACUCUCUCUGAACAUCGCUUUUCGUGCUGCCAUUUCCCAUUCCUUCCUUCCUUUCUUCCCCCCUCUCUCUCUCUGUGUCAUCCCCGCACGUUCUCGCUCGUCUUCCUCCCUCGAUCGGUUCUUCGCCACAAGGUAAUCUCCACCUCCGCCACCAGCGUCUCUGCCGUCAUUGCUUGUGGAGUAAUCUCUGUGUCGCUCAUUGCCAGUCUGAUCAAUGCCGGUCAUUGCAGACGCUUGAGGUGCGUGGCUGCUGACCGGGCUGCUCGCUGACACGACGACGCCGCCGCCGCCGCCGACCAUGGCUGCUCGCAGCAACGAACCGUCUCAGGGAGAUGGAAGCAUCCCUCCGCCUCCACCUGGACCGGGACCAGGGCCGCCUGAUCAUCAAGCGUCCUCCCGUGCUGGCAAUAAGGUAUUUAAGAGCGGGCCGUUGUUUCUGUCAUCCAAAGGUAUUGGAUGGACAUCAUGGAAAAAGAGGUGGUUCAUUUUGACUGGUACAUCAUUGGUCUUCUUCCGAAGUGAUCCGAGUGCUAUUCCCCAGAAGGGAAGUGAAGUAAAUCUGACCCUUGGUGGUAUUGACCUCAACAAUUCAGGCAGUGUGGUUGUGAAAGCGGACAAGAAGCUCUUGACUGUGGCUUUUGCAGAUGGCCGUGAUGGAAGAGCCUUCACUUUAAAGGCAGAGACUCUGGAGGAUCUAUAUGAGUGGAAGACUGCACUUGAGAAUGCGUUGGCUCAGGCACCGAGUGCUACUCUUGUGAUGGGGCAGAACGGUAUCUUCAGGAAUGAUCAGGCUGCUCCAGUCGAUGGGUCUACAGAACAGUUGAAGGAUAAGCAGCCUAUGAAGUCAAUGGUCAUCGGCAGGCCAAUUUUGCUUGCUCUUGAAGAAGUUGAUGGGACUCCAUCUUUCUUGGAGAAAGCCCUUAGGUUUAUGGAAGAGUAUGGAAUCAAAGUAGAAGGGAUCUUGCGACAAGCUGCGGAUGUGGAUGAUGUAGAGAAUCGAGUUCGGGAAUACGAGCAGGGAAAAACUGAAUUUUCUCCUGAAGAGGAUCCACAUGUUGUUGCUGAUUGUAUAAAGUAUAUUCUUCGUGAGAUGCCGUCAUCUCCAGUCCCAGCAUCAUGUUGCAAUGCAUUGCUUGAAGCCUGUCGAGUUGACCGUGAACAUCGAGUCAAUGCCAUGCGCACAGCAAUAUGUGAAACAUUUCCAGAGCCAAACCGCUGCCUACUGCAGAGAAUCCUCGUUAUGAUGCAAACUGUGGCUUCUCAUAAAGCUGAGAAUCGAAUGAGCUCUUCGGCUGUGGCAGCUUGCAUGGCACCUUUACUUCUACGUCCUCUUCUAGCUGGUGAUUGUGAACUUGAAAAUGAUUUUGAUGUGGGAGGUGAUGGUUCUAUGCAACUUUUGCAAGCGGCUGCUGCAGCAAACCAUGCUCAAGCUAUUGUUGUAACCUUGCUGGAGGAGUAUGACAAGAUCUUCGGGGAAGGUUCUAUGUCACCUGAACUGUACUCGGAAACAGAAGAUAGUGGAAGUGAAAGUGAGGAGGCAACUGAUGAUGAUGAAUCCUAUGAGGAUGAGGACCCCGAUGAUGGAAGCCAAUAUUCUGAAAUAUACACCGACGAUGAAACUGAAAAUGUAUCUAGUCGAAGCAACAGUAGGAGUUAUGAUGAUGAAGGCAGCACCCAUACUGGCAAAACGGAUGGUGAUGGUAGUACCUCAGGCUCCCACCACUCCUCUGUAGCAGUUGACCAUUUCAAAGAAAAUGAUGAACUAUCGCCAAGUGCACAUCAGACGUCAUUAUUGCAGCGUGAUCAAUCACAGAAGACUAAUAACCUUGCUAGUCAUCAAGGGAGCAGGAGUCUAGAGGAGCAGAAGAAUAAUGAACCGACCGAAACAUUAGGAGAUACUCCAGCAACAAGCCAAGUCCAAAAUUCAGCUGCUACUUCUAGCAUGAGCAAAUCUACAACUAUAGCCAGCGGACAAAUACCAAGUUCCAGGCGUCCAGCUGUUUGGGGGCGUACACCUGCAAAGAAGAACCUUUCUAUGGAGUCCAUUGACAUUUUUCUCGAUGAUGAAGCUGAAAUCCAGAAGCUUGAGAAUGCAAAGGAGGACCUCAGGAACAGAAUCACUGAAGAGGCUAAGGAGAAUGCAGUUCUUCGUGCCAAUCUAGAAAAUCAAAAGAUCGCAGUGCACGAGCGCCGCCAAGUUCUGGAGCAAGAGGUGGCAAGACUACAGGAACAGUUGCAAAAGGAGAAAGAUCUCAGGAGAGCCCUGGAAGCAGGGCUUAAAGAACCACGGGGACCUAUACCUUGUUCAGCUAACAUUGAUGAAAAGGCAGAUCUUGAGGAUUUAGCUAAAACACAGACAGACAUCAACAAUUUAAAGCAAAAGGUGGAUGAUCUUGGAGGGCAACUUAACAGACAGCGUGAUGAAAACCAAGCUUCUAUUCGUGAUCCAGGCAAUCAACCACAACAAUGUGGGGAUGAUCAUGGGAAAGUGAUGAGCAAAACCGAUGAAACAAAGACUGCGGACACUCCAUGUCCUGCUGAAAGGUCAAACAGUAGUAAGCGCUCAAAUUCGGACGGAACGCAAACUGAGAAGAAGAGGAUGGACCAACCUUCAACUCAGCAGCAGCAACUGGAUUCUGUAGGCAGUGUGAAGUCCCGAAAUAUUGACCAAUCAGCAAAUUCUUCAGCUGCGGAUUCUGGAUCCGGAAAGCCCUUUCCUCCCCUUUCUUCGAAAAAGUCCGGUGCAAGGGGUGAGGGAACAAACUCAACAGCUUCUGCGCUGAGUAAGUUGACCAACCGGUUGAACUUUUUGAAGGAGCGGCGGACACAAAUCACCAAGGAGCUCCAGAGCACAGACAAGAGCCAAAACUUGGAUAAAGGCCGGAGCGCAGACAUGUCCACUGGCUCAGGAAGUAGCAACCAAGAGGACAAGAGAGGAACUGAAGAUACUCCCUCUAAUCCCGACAAGUCUAGGAAUCCAGAUACCCAGGAGGAGCUGAACAGGGGACGAGCAUCGGAUCAAGGGCAAGCUGACAGGACUCUAGAACUGUCAAUCCCUUCGAGGACAGACUCCAGAUCAUCAUGACGGUCAAGCAGACGGGACACUUCCCGAAUAUCCAAAUGUUUGAAAUCACAAAUUGGAUCCUGGGAUGCAACAGGGUCGAUGGUCGCAAAAGGAAAGUUGAAAGUUUCUGAGAUCAGCAAGCAACCGCCUCAUUCAUGUGUAAUCUGCAUACAUGGCUUCAAUCUCAAGGGCUAUCAAUCGAUAACAAUUCAUAGUUCUGUUGAAGUUCAAUUCUUGUCGUCUAUCUAUGCCACAGAAGCUGCAUCUCUGCUGGCGGCGGCAUUUUCGGGGCCAAAUGCUCUUUCCAUUUACAAUUCCACGACGAGGAAAAAUGUUAAUGUGCUAUCGCUUCGGUUCUGGAUCUUACAUUGAUUUCUUUUCCCCAUGCAAUUUUUGCUCCUUUCGCUCUGUC